AUGGAGAACCUUAUUUUAAAUCCUUUCUUCAUAGGUGGAUCAAGUCUAAGCUUGGGGAAACUGAGAGGGAUCGCUUAAGAGUAUGAUGUCCAGCUGGAUGGAUAAGAAGAAUAAGUCUUAAGGAUUCAAGGAAUUUUUGAAAAUGAAGAUGAAGGAACUAGGACUGAAUGGGAACAUCCAAAUUAUGGAUUUCUAAAUAAGGAGAGGAAAAAAGAUUUUAAAGAUUUUUAUUUUUUCAUAGAUGAUAAGAUUUUAUCAGAAAGUCAAUCAGAAUUAGAAGAUUUCUAAGUAGUGGAAAAACCAUAAUAAAAAGAGCUGAAAGCAACUAUAGUGGAUGAGAGAAUGUCAAAACAAGAAUUCCAGGAGCUAGGUCUAAUUUAGAAAAGUAAGAAUUGA